AUGGUCUGGUGGUACAGGAGCAGUUCAUCUCCCUACUUCCCCGAGGCAUGUCCGAGUGGGUCCAGUGCCACCGCCCGGCAUCAUUGGAUGGAGCAUCUAGCUGGCAGAGGACUACAUGGCAUCCCAGGAGAUGGCGAAGCAGUUGGCGAGACCGCCCUCACGGGUGGGGAAGGAAGACCUGGUCCGAUCUGCUGGAGCUGCGGGGAAACCGGACACAGCCUACCCCUGAUCGGGCAUGGAUGUAUCGUAUACCGCACUCGUCAAUGUCAUCUGUUGCUGGACGUGUUUAACUCAACAGAACACGAGCUCACACUCUCUGCCAAGAACAACCAGGACCUGGUGCUACAUGCCAGCGAGUGUCAGAGGAUGGCUAUUCAGGUGGAUAAGUUUGACUUUGACAGCAUGCCUGUGACAGACCAUGAUGCAUUGCAGCUGGCCAUUGUUCGCCAACAGGAAGAGAAGAGACAACAGGUGCUGGGAGGACUCAUCAACAGCACACUGGACAUCUACUGGACCAUCUCGUCACUGCAUCGUCAUGGUGAGGCCAGUGUGGAGGGCAUCCUCAACCAACUCAUACUAGAACAUCUGCAGCUGGCUCCUCUACAGUGGGAUGUUGUGGUUAAUGGUAAGCCAUGUGAUUGUGACAUAGUCACUGACUGCAUUGUCGGAGAUGCUGUGCCAUUAGAGGUGAAACUGACCAAUCGCAGCAAGAGUGCUGUCGGCCCGUUCUCUCUGACUGUCAUCCCAUUCCAAGACUACCAGAACGGAGUCCAAAACUACGACCUUCAGGAUACAGUUACUUUCAUCGGCUCCAGCACUUUCUACAUUAGCUCGGUGAACCCUGCAGAGAACUCUGUCUGUAUGGGAGCGCUGCUCUUUUUAAACACUGGAGAUUUCUACCCGAAGUUUCAAGACGACAGCACGGGCAGUGACUUGCCACCUGCCUGGUUCUGUUUACCCAGCGUCCACAUCAAAGCACAGGAGCAAAUCGAAGCGGCCGCCUGA